CUUAUUGAGACAGUCUUGGCCGCUCGUCACACGCCAGGCAGUCAGGCGGGGAGCUGCGCUGUCAAGAGGGUGGACGCCGAGCUGGAAAUGACCUAGAGGCCUUACAGAUACAUUUGUGCGCUUGCCACUUGUAAUCUGCAUCCGCAGAGAGCGGCGUCAUUUGGAAGCACAUUUCUUUCCGCGGCGAGUUCCACCUACCUCAGCCCGGCUCUCGGACGGGAAAAGCAGGAAGCCGGCAGUGGGAGGGGACACACGGAGCCGAGUUGGCCUUUUGAGAGGAGCAUCUUGAGACGGACUGGAUCCGUCUCUACCAGAGCCUGAGCCUCAUCACCAGAAUCAAGCAUCUUUUUUUUUUUCCUUUUUUUUUUUUUUAACUUUUAUAACCUUUUGCUCUUCAUGCUGUUGACCAGUGUUUUGUUUUGCUCAUUUUUGCUUUAAACCUGGGAAAUUAUUUUCUACUUUGAUUAGUGAAGUGUGGUAGAGGUUUAUAUAUGUACAAACACACGUUUAUACUGUCGACUGUAUGAAGAAUGAUCUUUUGCUCCAUUCUGAAGGAAGGCUAAUGCACUUUAAAGCUUGACUCUAGUACUGGUUUUAGCACUACUAGUUUGUUUGAGGCUGGAACAGGUUCACGCUCCGCCUGACGGAUUUGCAGCUGGGCUGCAUGUAAGCACUUCACUUCGGCUCCCAAGCCUGCCUGGUUGCCCUCCGACCUCAGCCACUCCCGCUUUGGUCUCCAUCUGACACACUGAGAUGAGCCUCUGGCAGGCGAAAUCCUUCAGCUGUCUUUUUACAUGACCUGGACAGUUUCAGGACUGUGUUCAAAGUGAUUUCAGCUGCAGUCGAGAGCACUUUGUGGGGAAGCCAAACAGAAACAGGAUCUUCCGGUGCCGGUGCACCACCUAUGUAUUGUUGCAGUGCGCAGCAAAGUAAAAUGGACUACAAGCGUCGCUUUUUGCUCGGCGGGUCCAAGCAGAAAGUACAACAGCACCAGCAGUACCAGAUGCCUGAGUUGAGCCGCACCCUCAGCGCCUCCUUGGCCUCCUCUUGCUCGGCCUCUUCGCCCAUGGGCAUGCCCAGCGGCUGCCACCUGCCUCCCCCCUCAUCCUCCUCCUCCUCCUCCGCCGCCACCACUGCGGUCGCAGACAUCCAGCAAGGCAUCUCCAAGUACCUGGACGCCCUCAAUGUGUUCUGCCGGGCCAGCGCCUUCCUCACAGACCUGUUCAGCAGCGUGUUCAGGAACUCUCACUACUCCAAAGCAGCUAUGCAACUGAAGGACGUGCAGGAACACGUCAUGGAGGCGGCCAGCAGGCUGACGGCGGCCAUCAAGCCGGAGAUCGCCAAGAUGCUCAUGGAGCUGAGUGCGGGGGCCGCCAACUUCAAGGAUCAGAAUGACUUCAACCUGCAAGAUGUUGAGGUACUGGGUCGGUGCUUCCUGACAGUGAUGCAGGUCCACUUCCAGUUCCUGUCGCAGACCCUGCAGAAGGUCCAGCCCGUGGCCCAGUCCUGCCUAGCAGAGGCCCUGGCUCAGGCCCAGGAGCGCUCCGCCAACACCCGCUCCCAAAGCGCCGAAAUGGGGCCACUAACUGAGCUGGAGGAAGCCUCCCGCUUGUGGAAAGGUGCAGCGGAGGCCACGUCGAGACUGCGAGAGAGGGGUCGUGACGGCUGCCUGGCAGGCCUUCAGGUUCAGCAGCUCUUCUGCUCUCACAACACCAACAUCCCAGAACACCAGCUGAAGGAGCUCAACAUGAAGAUAGACAACGCCUUACAGGCAUACAGGGCAGCGCUGGAGAGUCUGGGUCACAGCGAGUACGCGCUGAAGGCGGGUUUCCACCUUAACCCCAAAUGUGUGGAGACAGCCUUACAGAGCUGCUGCAGUGAGGCGGAGGCGCAGCAGGCGGGUAGGAUGCAGACCACCUCCCAGCCCAUCCAGUGCGAGCUGCCCACCAUCCCCGUGCAGAUCGGCUCGCACUUCCUCAAAGGAGUUUCCUUCAACGAGUCGGCGGCCGAGAACCUCAAACUGAAAAUGCAAACGAUGCUGCAGCUCAUUAAGGAGGCACUGGGCCAAAACGGGGUUACCACAAGAGACGACUCCCCUGUCACCGAGGUGCUCAACCAAGUGUGUCCGUCUAGCUGGAGAGGAGCCUGCAAGACUGCUGUACAGCUGCUGUUUGCUCAGGCUGGCCUGGUGGUGGUUGAUACUGCUCAGAUAGAGAACAAGGAGUCGUAUGCUCCUCAGAUCACCCUGGAAGGAUCCAGGCUGGUAGUCCAGGUCCCUUCCACAUGGUGUCUGAAGGAGGACCCAGCAACAAUGUCUUUGCUCCAGCGUAGCCUUGAUCCAGAGAAGACCCUGGGUCUCGUGGACGUGCUCUACACUUCCGUGUUUGACAUCAAUAGAUGGAAGGAGAGAAAGGAACAGUCUUUGCCGACCAUUCAGAUUCAACUGCAGCGGGAGAGUCCGGACUUUGGCGGCCAAGUGGAUCUGGCGCCGGGCACCAGCUCCAAGGCCUCCAGCGGCCUGCCCAAGACCAUCUCCAAGCUGACGUCCAAGUUCACCAAGAAGGCGUCAUCCAGCGCCAACAGCGGGGGGAGUUACUCCAUCCCCAGCACCCCCUCUCGCAGCAUGCUGAGCGGCGGCUCCGAGGACAAGUCCAAGAGUUUGGGCCGCAGCGAGGGGAGACUGCACAGCCUCCUGCAGAUGGGCGGUCUCUCCUGCGCUCCCGACGCCGGCACACAGAACCCGCUGGCUAACGGCUUAGGCUGCGACGACCAGAGCAUGAACCUCCCGACCGACCAAGAGAUGCAGGACGUCAUCGACUUUCUCUCAGGAUUCAACAUGGGAAAAUCCCAGCAGGCCUCGCCCCUCGUCAAGAGGAGGAACUCUGUGGCGUCCGCGAACCCGGCCGAGCUAAAACCCCCUCCUGGACCGCCGCCGACGUCGCCGGGUAUCUCUCACAGCGGCCUGCCGCCCCCGAGCCAGACCCUGCCCCCACCCCAGGCUCAGGCCCUUGCUCCCCCGGCAGUGCAGAAGCAGCAGCCGACACCACCGUCGCAGCAGCAGCCUGCACCCCAGCAGCACUCCCCCCAGACCCUCCAGUACUACCAGCACCUCCUGCAGCCCAUUGGCCAGCAGCAGCAGGCCCCGCCUCCUCAGCAGACCCCCCAGCAGGUCCUGCCCCAGCAGAGAGUGGCCAGCAAGUGGCUCGGCACGUCUAGCCAGCCUGCUCCCCCGGGAGGGUUGUCCCCCCUGGGUCCCAUCGGCCAAUGGGGGGGCUCCCCCGGGCUGCCGGACCUGAGCUCAGACUUGUACAGCCUGGGCCUGGUGAGCACGUACAUGGACAGCGUCAUGUCCGAGGUUCUGGGCCAGAAGCCCCAGGGUCCGCGCAACAACACGUGGCCCAACAGAGAGCAGAGUGACGGCGUGUUUGGUGCCCUGGGGGACUCGCUGCCCUUCGACCCCGCUGUGGGCUCCGAUCCAGAGUUCGCCCGCUACGUCGCCGGCGUCAGCCAGGCCAUGCAGCAGAAGCGACAGGUGCAGCAUCCUCGCCGCCCCAGCAACCCUCGCAGCAACUGGCCCAUGCCCGAUGAGCAGCACAGGACUUGGGGCCACCCCGAGUACUACAGCGAGGGCGAGGCCGUGAACAGCAGCUGGUCGGCCAAUCAGGGAGACUCUGCCAGCUCCAGCGAUGAGACGUCUUCCGCCAACGGAGACAGUCUCUUCUCCAUGUUCUCGGGGCCGGAUCUUGUGGCGGCAGUCAAGCAAAGAAGGAAACACAGCUGUGGUGAGCCUGAAGUGUGCACCCUGCCCUCGCCGCCGCUCCAUCACAUGACCGACGACGGCCAGGACAGCAAGACAAAAACAUGGCCUCCCAAAGCGCCGUGGCAGCACUCAGCCCACAGUGGCUUGACGGCGUCGGCCAAUCCCAGCUCUUCCUUGUACCAGAUGAACCUCCCGCCGCCGUCGUCGCAGUGGAGCGACUCCAUGCAGAUGCUCCAGUCGCCCGUGUGGUCGGCGGCCAGCGAGUGCCCGCCCUCGGCCGCCAUCUCCUCGCCUUUCCCCUUCACUCAGCAGCAGCAGCAGACACAACAACAACAACAACUGAAAGCCAUGAGUAAAGGCUUCAAGUCGUUCCCCUUAAAACACGAGCACAGGCCCUCCUUCCUGCACCAGUACUGACAGGUACACUACACACACACACACCACUAGGAGGGCCACACUGACUAACUACUACUACAGUACCACAAUCAGUCGGAUUGAAACUUUCACAAUACUAUUAACAACUCAUAAUAUUCCAGAAAAACUUUUUUUCCCCAAGAAAAAAAAAAUACAACUAUUUUCAAGACAAUCAUUUAUUAUGUCAGGAAAAAAAAGGCUGUGUUCUUGAAAUACAGAAAACUUUUUUCUGGGAAAAAUACAAACAUUCUCUAAAUAUCACAACUGUUAUUCUUUUAAAAAUAUGACUUUUAUUUAUACUGUGAUAUUUUUCCCCCCGAAAAAUUAUAACACUUUACUCUCAGAUUAUUACAACUUUUUUUAAAUAACAUUUAUUCUCAUAAAUAACAUCACCAUUUUUUUUUCUUCAAUUCUCAUAUGACAUGUUAAAAAAAUAUAUAUAUUUGAUGACUUUUUCCCCCUGGGAAAGCGUAUGACCUCAUUCUGGAUCUUUUUGAAUAAUCACUACUUUAUUCUGAGAAUAUUAUCACUAUUCUGGGGAGAACAUAUUCUUGUUUUUCAUACAAAUAUGACAACUGUUUUCUUUUAAAAAUGUAAGACUCAAUUAGAAAUAUUUAAAAAUACAGCAUUUCUCAUAAUUUUUCUUGAAUAAAAUCUGACUUCAGUCAUUUUACAGCUUUCUUGAACAAAUAUUUACAUUUACAGUUUAUACACGACUUUCACAUGUACAUACCUUAUGUAUACACAUUAUAGUCACACACAAUGAAGUACAAAUCUAUUCUUUUAAUACUAUUUUUUUCUUGAGUAAGUCAGAUGUGGUAAUGUUUUUAGACACUUUUCAUUAAAAUAAAAAAUCAUUCUGACAAUGUUCAAACUUUACCCUAGCAAUAUUCUGACUUUAUUAAAGGAAAUCUGGCUGUGAAAUUAGGACUUUAUAUAUUCUUCUUACAUUUUCCCCAUAAUAUUACCACUUUAUUAUCAUAAUAGUGCGACUUAAUUCCUGUAAUAUUACGACACUUUAUUGUCAAGGGGGGCAAAAAUACCUGUGACAGAAAACUUGUCGUAAAAAUGACCUGAUUUGAUCAUAACUUGGAGAAACACACAACUUAUUUUUUUCCUUAUUUUUAAUAAAAUUACAAAUUUAUUAUUGUAACAUUUGAGACUGUUUUGUAAAAUGUUCUAACUUUCGACUUAACAUUGUCAACUUUUAUGUUCUUGUUCUCGUAAUAUUACGACACUUUUCUUGAAAAAAUAAAACUUUUUUUUCCUAGUAAAGUAAUGAAAGGAAUCAGACAGUAGAAUUACGACUUUAUUACAUUUUUUUUCUCGUAAAAAACAUUACGACCUAAUUCUCAUGAUUUUGCGACUUGAUUCUUGCGAUAAUCAGGGCUUUUUUAUUUCCCCUGAAAAAGUCUUUCUUGGUGUCUUUAGGACUUUUUUUGUCUCGUAAUAUUACGACUGUUACUCAGACAUAUUGACUUAUUUCACAACUUUUAUUCUAGGUAAAUAAGUAGUAAUGUUAACGUAUAUACUUUUAUCGUAAAACAUUUUCAUUACUUUUUCUCUUGAAAAAAGUGUCUUUUGGUAACAUUACAACUUUUACUUUAAAAAAAUCUUACAUAAGCUUUAUAAUUCUUAAUAAUACAACUUAAAUUGUCGGGAUUUGAUGGCUUUAUUCUCGUAAUACUACGACACUUUUGUAAAAACAAAUUUAAAAAAUUAUUGCAAUUAAUCUUUUUUUAAUUUUUUGUCUGUUUUUGUUUCAACUAUUCCUGUGACAUUUUUUACUUAUUUUUCGACUUCCGAACGGUUACGCCUUUUAUUCUAGUAAAUAAGUAGUAAUGUUAACGUUAAUCGCAUUAUAUUAUGACACUUUUGUCAUAAAACUGAAAAUUACUUUUUCCUGGGGGGGAAAUGCAUCUUUUAACGUUAUGACUUCACUCUCGUAAUAUCACAACUUUAUAUAAUCUUAAAACGACCUAAAUUCUUGCAAUUGUGCGACGUUAUUCUUGUAUUGUAUUACUACAACACUUUUUUGGAAAGCUAAAAAUGUAUUGCAAUAAUCUGGUAAUACUUUUUUGUCCCCUUUGUUACGACUCUUCCUGUGACAUUUGCGAUUUCGAAAUGCUUGCGACCAUUAAAGUAACAAAAAUAGUGUUAAUGUUGAACUUGAAUAUUACUUUUUUGUAAAAAUACUUUUUUCUUGUAACUUAACAACUUUGAAAUAACAAUUCUUCCUGUGACAUUUUGACUUAAAUUUUCCGACUUCAGAACACUUUUAUAUAAAGUAGUAAAAAAAAAAAUGUUAAUAUUGAUCUUGAAUAUUAUCAGACAUUUUUUUUUUGUAAAAAUACUUUUUCUUGUAGCUUAACAACUGUGACAUUACGACUCUUCCUGGGACAUUUUGACUUCCGAAGGGUUUACGACUUUUAUACUAGUAAAAAAGUGGUAAUGUUAAUCUUGAAUGUUAUGAAUUUAUUUGUAGUAAUACUUUUUUCUUGUAACUUGACUGUAAAAUUACGACUCUUCCUGUGACAUUUUGGUAUUUUCCGACUUCCGAACAUUUGCGACUCUUACACUAGUAAAAAAAAAAAAAAAAGUGGUAUUAACGUUGAUCUUGAAUAUUAUGAGAUUCUUUUUGUUAAAAAAAAAAAAAAUUCUCGUAACUUGACUGUAAAAUUCUGAUUCUUCCUGUGAUAUAUUGACUUACAUUUUCCGACUUCCGAACAUUUACUACUCUUUUACUAGUAAUAAAGAAGUGGAAAUGUUAACAUUGAUCUUGAAUAUUAUGAGACUUGUAUUUCUACAAAUAUUUUUUUCUUCUAACUUAACAGUCAAAUCACGACUCUUCUGUGACAUUUUGACCUACGUUUUCCGACUUCCGAACAUUUACGACUCUUAUACUAGUAAAAAUAAAGUGGAAAUGUUAACGUUGAUCUUGAAUAUUAUGACUUGUUUUUGUAAACAUACUUUUUUCUUUAAAUUUGACUGUAAAAUUGACAUUUUGACCGACAUUUUCCCAUUUCUGAACAUUUAUGACUAUUAUACUAAUAAGAAAAGUGGUAAUGUCAACAUUGAUCUUUUUGUCGUAAUACUUUUUUCAUGUAACCAAGCGACUGUAAUAUUACGACUCUUCCUGUAACAUAUUGACCUACAUUUUCCGACUUCCGAACAUUUACGACUCUUAUACCAGUACAAAAAAGUGGUAUUGUUAACGUUGAUCUUGAACAUUAUGAGACUUGUUAUUGUAAAAAUACUUUCUCUUGUAACUUAACUGUAAAAUUACGACUCUAACCUGUGACAUUUUGACGUGUGUUCUCAGACUUCCGAACGUUUCCGAGUUUCAUACUCAUAAAAAGUGUUAAUGUUGAUCUGGAAUAUUUACUUUUUUUGUGUGAUUUAACGACUAAAAAUCGGACCUUGUCGACACACACGUUACAAAUGAUUACGUGUUGAAAAUAGUCCCGACACUGUUUGCAAAAUUCCGACAAAACAAAAUUAUUUCACAAACAUUACGAUAUUUUUUCCAGUGUGGCCCUCUUACUACUCCCUACAUCGUAAAGUGACCCCCGUGUCCCCCCUCCCCAGAAAAUGUACUACUAUCAUUACGAAUGCGAUAAAAACAUGCGGCGGCCAUAGUGUUGGUUUCUCUGUCAGAGGCGGGUAGUGGCGCCCCCUUCAGGCAAGAGCUGGAGACCGCUUGAAAGACAAGAAAAAACAGACCCAAACUGUGUCUAAAGGAGCUGUAACUGCCAAACGUACAGCUGGCAUGUUGACAUGUUGGAUUGAGGAGUUUUUACCAAGAGGCUUUGAGCAGGCUCAGCACACGUUAACAUACACUACUACUACUAUUACUACUACACGUGCCAUGUUGGUAUUGCUAGCACUUGUCCACGGGCGUUCUUUGCAACCAAAGCAGGAGAUGAAUGGUGCUGAGGAGGAGGAGGAGGUUUUUAUUACACCACCAAAUUAGCGCAUAUUUUUUCUUCUUCUUCACGAGUGACGUUGUUUUUCUGGUCCAAGUGUUGACAGUAUUAAUCUUAUUUUUCUAGUUACCAUGACUGUAUGUUAGGAAAGAGAAAAAAAGGCUAUUUUCCCGCUGAUGUGAAAAAAGAAGCACAUUUUGUCCUCCAUCUUUACCAAAAAAGAAAACCGUAACAAGGAGGGCGUGGCCUCCUCCCUCCACACCUUUCUUUCUUUGCUUUCUGUGGGCGCCAAUUUAACGCCCGGAAUGUUCUUUUUUUUUUUUUUGGUUUGUUUUGUGGAUGUUUGCAGAUGCCAAUGUUGCCUGUAUUUAUGAUAAUGACACCAUGUUUUCAGAAAAACUAACAUACUUAAAAAUGUUUACAGUUUGCUGUAUAUAUACAUAUAAAUAUAUAUCUUUUUAUAGUGAAUGUGCUUUGCACAAUCAUACAUAUAUAAAUAUUUAGUGUUGCUUUUUCUUUUCUCAAUAUUUUGGGGUUAUGUGUUCUCUCCCUUAGCUUUUUUUUUUCUUUUUCUAUGAAGACAUCCAAUGACAGACUGUAACCGUUAGCUUUUUCUCAGCCGUGUCAAAUGGUUUACUUACUAGAGGCUUCUACACAAAGGAUUGAAUCCAGUCCAGAAAUAACCGAGAUGACGUGAAGGGGGGCUGCUUGGCUUAUGUUGCUUAUUGUUCUUUGGAGCUGGCAACUCAUAAAAUCUCCCAAGUGUACCAGCAAUGCAAAAAAAGAAUAAAAAAUACUAGCAAUUUGAAAA